GGCUGUGGCUUGACUUGCUGGUUGGAUCCAGCGGUAGUAAAUUCGGAGGUGGAAGGAACCAUAGGGGGAGAGAGAGGAAGACAAGUCGUGUGGUUGACAAUGAGGCACGAAGCUCCUAUGCAGAUGGCAUCUGCACAAGACACCCGAUAUGGCCAAAAGGAUACGUCGGAUCAGAACUUUGAUUAUAUGUUCAAACUGCUCAUCAUUGGUAACAGCAGCGUUGGGAAAACUUCAUUCUUGUUCCGUUAUGCUGACGAUUCUUUUACUUCAGCUUUUGUAAGCACAGUUGGGAUCGAUUUCAAAGUGAAAACAGUUUUCAAAAAUGAAAAAAGAAUUAAGCUACAGAUUUGGGACACAGCAGGUCAAGAGAGAUACAGGACAAUUACCACAGCCUACUAUCGGGGUGCUAUGGGCUUCAUUUUAAUGUAUGACAUCACCAACGAAGAAUCUUUCAAUGCUGUACAAGACUGGUCAACCCAAAUAAAAACUUACUCUUGGGACAAUGCCCAGGUUAUUUUGGUCGGCAAUAAAUGUGACAUGGAAGAAGAACGUGUAAUCUCUGCUGACAGAGGCAAACAUUUAGCAGAGCAACUUGGUUUUGAGUUCUUUGAGACAAGUGCCAAGGACAACAUCAACGUCAAGCAGACUUUUGAACGGCUUGUGGAUAUCAUCUGCGACAAAAUGUCUGAAAGUCUGGAGACAGAUCCUGCUAUUGCUGCUGGUAAACAGAACACAAGACUAAAGGACACCCCUCCACCACAGCAACCCAACUGUGGCUGUUAAUAACAUCAUUGUCAACCAAGGCAAUUUCAGUGUGUUCUUUGGCCAAUAGAGUAUUUACAUAGGUCUAUAUGCCUUUAUUUUUAACGUCUUACUGGUUCAUUUCAGGGGAGUAUAUCUCUUCUUUAAUGUCCACUGCUGGUAAAAGAUGUAUUCAGAGUUACAAAUGUGUAAAGAAAGGACACUCCAGUUUCUCUGCAUUUGGCCUCAACACCUAGGUGAUCUUUCCCUUUCUUCCUUCUAAAUCCAUCGCUGCUUCAGCUGGUGCUGUGACCUCAGUCACAAAUUCUCUCUGGUUUUUACUCUUCCAUCAUCCAUUUUUAGUUAUUGCUAUUUAUUCUAGGGCAAUGACCCAGUAGUUCAGAAAUACAACUCCUAUUACUCAGCAUUCUGAAUCAAUGUAAAAACUGCUGGAAAGUAGCAAUGUGAUUCUGCACGUGCAGCUAGAUAACUACCAUCUAGAUAACCAUCUAGAUAACUUGCCAGAAGCUGAGUUCUCAAAAAUGGCUCAAUGUGGCAGGUGACUGGGCACUUUUAGAGAAACAUAUUGUCUCCCCAGAUAAUUACUCCCCAGCCAGGCUCUCAUUUUCAUUAUAAAUGAGGUCUCCUAUUCAGAGCCAACGUACAUAAUUUCAGAAAUAAGCUUUGUAGAAUCUUGUUGCCUGUCCACUUCUAAUAGGAUGUUUUUAUCAUCGAAACUGAUUAUUUGGCAAGGUCCCAUCUAUCAUUUAGACCAGAAUUUCUGCAUACAGUCCUUCCAAAGCCUUAGAUGCAACUCCCACAGUCCUUCCAAACAUUUCCACCAUAUUGUGAUUCUUAAUGUGACUGAAUGAGAAAAUUAUUAAAUACUGUACACCUAGGGUAAUUACAUUGCUUGCAUAUCAUUUUAUUACACUUCAGUUAAAAUUAAAUUAAAUGUAAUUUUUGCUCUAACUGCCCAUUUCUUUGCUCUGGUCCACCAAUUCAUUGUAGUGCACCACAGAAUCCCAGGUAAAGUGGACUCUUAG